CUUGUUUCUUUUAGGACGUUAUUGAUGCUGCACCCAUGUUUUACACAAGACAGGUCAGGUACCCUAUGACUUCAACACUGUUCAAAGACAUGAUCAUUUAAAAGUCGCCAAUUUGUAGUCAUUUCUAAGUGUUGCGAUGGCCGACGAGGAGCACAAUGGCAAAAAACAGGGAUUCAAAUUAAUGGGGAUUCUAGACAUCCAGAGCACAGCAUGUGCCAGGGAAGCCCUACUUCAUGGCGCAGGAGGGUCUUUAGUGGCUGGGCUACUUCACUUCUUAGCCACCAGUAGGGUGAAGAGGUCCUUUGAUAUUGGCUUUGCAGGAUUCUUUCUGACAACACUGGGAUCAUGGUGCUACUGUCGAUAUAACAAUGCAGUGCUGCGCGUUCAACAAAGAGUCAUACAGGAAGGUAUUAAGAACAAAGUCAUGUACGAAGGCACCAGUAUUGACCCCACGCGGAAACCCAAAGCAGACGAGAAGAGCUCCUAGCACUCAGGCUGUCUGUCUGCAAAGAGCUAUUGUCGUCAUCGACUCUCUCUCUUUCUCUGUCUCUCUCUCAAAGCCUUUCAUUUCACUGUUAUUGUAUAUUUAUUGACAUUGUACAGUGUGGCAAUGCAUGAUUUAUAUAGAGAUAUUUUGCCACACAUUUUUAAUAAAAUGUAAAUAUGACUGGUAACAGUGGAUCUAAUAGUGGUAAAGAACCUUUUUGCAGUCGUUUGACCUUCAAGCCAUCAGGUUAUAUUUCAAGGUGAUCAAAGGCCAGUGUGGUGACAUUAUCUAAGUUCAAUGCCAUGAAAGUAAUUGUAACAUUUUAAACAAAGUGUUGCCCAGAUUGUUCUCUUUCUUGCUGACAGUCUUACAGUGGAUGUUCGUCACAUCUUCAGCUCAGAACAUUGACAGGGAAGUUAUUGUAUAAUCAGGUGACCACUAGAUGGCAGUGCACACAGAGAAUUCAGACCUUAGAAACCAGACAUUAAUUCAGACCUCUUUUAAGCAGUUGCAGUUUAUUCACAUGAAACACUGUUCAUUUUGAUGAAAUAUCUCCUGUAGUUUUUUUGUACAGCAGUGGCAUCAGUGUGUUUCCCCUCCAUCUUGAGGUGUAAGUGCACUUCAAAGCAGCAAUGUAAGAAGAACGGUGUAAUAUUGCUGUGUUUUUGCCAUGUAGACUAUGAUACAUUUUAUUCAUAGACUGGUUGAUAGUUAUAGAUUUCUCACUGAGAUCGAACUGAGUGUAAUCUAAACUGUACAUGGCUCUUGGUAUUAACUAUGUGCAAGAUUUUGUGUUAAUUAAAUGCUGACAGACAAA